AGUUUUGCGAGCGGUGUGGUUUGUCGUGCUCAUGCCUAUGAGCAGCGGCUGAUGGCACAGCAGUCUAGGCUCCAAAAUAUGAAAUUAGCUGAAGUCUAGAGCAGGUGCUGUGCAUGUUUGACCAAUGAGCAGAGUUAAUCUUGUCAACCAAUGUUUUAAUGACAACAUUCGAGCUGAUAACAACCGGGACCGCUGGUCUCUACACAUGGUAGGAGGAUUUUCUCGCGGUUCAAUUGCUGUUUACCGUGUGUACCGUGUUACUGUGUGUAAGCCCCUUUAGGUAGUUGGAGAUCAGCCCUCCACGUCUCAGCAGCGUCGCGCGCCCAAAUGAGCGCCAGAAUGGAGUGAACCGUGUGUGUGCGUGAGUGUACGUGCGCGUGGCGCCAGAGAAAUGCAGAGUGAGCCACGCAGAACACUACCAUAAUAGGCACAAGCUACCACGCGCACAGGCGAAGCCGCUUGAUAAAAUACACUUACUUCAAGGAGGGCUUUGUAACUUCACUGCCAACGAGGCUAAAAUGGGAGGCAAGCUCAGCAAAAAGAAGAAGGGAUACAAUGUAAACGAUGAGAAGGCCAAAGACAAGGAUGCCAAACCAGAGGGCGCGUCAGCCGAGGAGAGCGAAGCCCAGAGCGACAAAAAGGAUGAGGCCCCUGCUCCCGCCGAGACCACCGAGGUAGCCAACGACGCAAAGGACGCGCCCGCAGCCGAUGCCACGACGACCAAGGAGGAAGAAAAGGGUGCCUCCCCUCCCGCCAAGGAGCCGGAAAAACCUGCAGCGGAGCCCAAAGCGGAGGUGUCUAAGGCUGCGGAAGUCGCCGACCCUGCCCCCAAAGCCAAGGAGAAACCAGCCGACCCUGCGAAAGAGCCAGCCCCCGCCGCUAAGGAAGCCGCCCAAGCUCCAGAGGUCAAGGCCCAGGCACCUGCACCACCCGCAGCCCAGGCUGAAAACAAAGACGAGGCCGACGCUAAAAAGACUGAGGACCCCGCAACACCAGCAGCUAAAGCCGAGGUGGCCCCUGUUGCCGCUGUCCCCCAAGCCAAGCCCACAGAAGCAGCAGUGGCAGCCCCGGCCAAGGAGGCCCCAGCCCCUAGUUCAUCAGCAGCACCGCCGGCUUCCGCUGAGCCCGCCGCACUGGUCAAGGAGGCCAAUGCAACAGAGGCACCAGUUCCAAGCAAGGAUCAAACCGUAGCAGUUCAAGAUUAAUGGACGCUUCUUUUAAGAAAAUAAAUUACGUUAAACAACAAAAAUGAAGUAAAAGAGAGAAAAAAUGAAAUUAAAUAGCCCACCCAUAUUAAUAUUAUAAUAAUUAUAAUAAUAAUAAUGAUUUGUUGGAGGAGGAGGAUUGUGACAACAACCUUGAGAAGGAUGAUGCUGCUGCUGCCGAUUAUUAUUGUUAUGGUUAUUCUAUUUUUUCUGCUGUAGUAUUUGAACUUUGAUACAAGUCUGUGUCAACCAUAUGCCCCUCCAUUUCACACCAUCCUUCCUCCAUCCAUUUCUGGGAUUCAGCAUUCUCCGCCUUCAUCUCGCUCACAGUCCUCUCAGAGACCUCUGUGGUCUGGGACCAUACACGUACAUUCCCCUGGACAGUGUGCUGCGGAUGUCUUAAAACGAAGUGGAAAAAAAGGGGUUUACCAGCUGGACAUGCACUCUGUCUGUCCCAUCCUCGACUCACCCCCUCCCCCAUUCCCCAAACUCGCUCCUCUCCAGAGUGCCGUGUUCUCUGCUACCGUACCUGUCACCUCUGUUUUGGCGCCAAGUGAGUUCCCUUUGCUGUCCUCAUAGUCUGCAGCUUAUUUGGUAUUUUUGGGUUGUUCGCGCUAUAUGUGGUCACUCAGUUUCUUGCCGCCUGUUUCCCGACAGGUUCAUGCCACCUCGCUCAGACUCUGAGUUGAGAGGAGGUACUUUGAAAUUCUGAGACUUUCCCAGAGGUACAAUAUCUGUCUACGCAUUCUUAGGCAUAUGAAGAUGUCCUAAGAAGUUUUUUUUACAACACUCUUAUACCUUCUUAGUUUUUCUAAGAAAAACAGUAGUUGUAGAUGAUCUGGAUGGUUUUUGAAGCAUUUCUUAAAUGUUCCUAGAAAUCCUGAAAAGCUUUGUAGAUUGUUCUCAGACGUUCCAGCUCUGAAUUCGUAGACAUCGGGAAUUCUCAGUUCUUCUGGGCCAUUCUGACUGCAGCAUAGUCUGUUUCUCUUCCUUACAGUGGGGGGGUGGUUGUUAUCUUAUUUCAGUUGAAAAGUAAGACAUAUCUACUGUGUUUUAAUCAAUUUAGCUCAAUGGCUCUCAGCCUAUAGCACAAAGGUGCAAUACAUUUACACUCAAAAAAGGGAUAGUGCCCAGCUGACAACAGUAGUAGUGUUGUCUGGGGAUGGGGGUUCUAAAUGAAUGGUACUGCAUGAGGCAUCUGCAGCCUACUCAAGCUGCCAUGGUCCUUGUAACCAUGGCUACCAUGUGACAUGUUCGAGUAGUAAGAUGGAAGAAACUCGCACAAGGAAGGGAGCCUCUAAUCUUGUCAUCUCCACCUACCAUGCAUUUUCCUCUACUUUCUGCUCAUAUAUGUUACAUAUAUGAAAAUAUAUGUAGGUAUAUAUGUAGAUUUAUUCACCCCAUUCAUUCAUUGUCAUUCGUUCAUUGAGUACCUUUCGGUCAGUUUCUCCCAGUUGACACACAACAUUUAUUUUUGCCCAACAAUGUAGAAACGUUGCGAGGAAUGUUGUGUGUCACUUGGGGGAUUGUCUCUUCCUCUCUUGACAAAGUAAUUGCAUGUCCGUGGUUGGGUAAACCUGUGUAGUCCUGUCUUUCGGUGAAGUGGAAAAUAGCUUUUUUCAAGUCUGCAUUCAUGGCAAUUACAGUUGAUAUUUCAUUCCAUGUCUUACCGCUAUCUCCACACCACCUCUCAUUCAAACAAAAUAAAAUAAAAAUGUAAGCAUUCAAAUUAUAUGUACUUGUAUAAAUGGUGCAACAGUAAUAAAAUUUAAGAAAUUGAUUGAAACUUCA